ACCCACAUUCGAUUUCGUUCAUUCGACUUGUCGCCGGCAACGCACUCGCACAUCGCAGUGGCACUUUUCUUCCCGUCCAAUCGUCUCCGCCGUUAAACGCUCUACGCGCGCGCGACGAUCGCCACGACGUCGACGUACCACGGUCAUUUAUCGUUUUUUCCUCGAGGCCAAAUACUGUAAUAAGCGAUUUUUCGUUCGUCCCUUUGCUAUUAGUAUUGUUUUCUCCCGUCCCGUUUGACCGCAGUGCCGUCGAUUUAUACGCAUACGCCUCUAUCCGUACGCGCUCGGUUAAUAUUUUCCCGUCCGACCUUUGCGUGCACAAGAACGCGCACGUUCGCGCCAUCACGCGUCUAUCCGGAAUAGCUUCAACAUUCGUUUUCUAGAGUAAAUGGGUUUUACAGCUGAACAAUGAGUGUAAGGAUAUCUGCUUGUUGGAUUUCUCUGAGUAUCCUUUUAGGAUACGUUUUAUUCGUAAAAGGCGAACAUUUCUAUUUGCCCAAAGAAAACAAUAUAUUUUCCAAUGACUUACAUGAUGACUGGGUCCCGAUAUCAGGUAUCGAUAAAAGGUCGACCAGAAAUAAUCAUGGAUUCACACAAGUCGUGCAUAUAACGCCACCGAUCCGGUACCCAAAUCAGCCACUCAAUCAACAUUCAUCGUCUUCCAACAAAGUCGAAGUGUUCGCUCAACCCCCUCCGUCGAUACUGGGUUCUUUUAGCGAAUUCGGUCAUUCAACUAUCGAAGCUCGAGAGCCGGCGCAUACGUUGAACUUCAGACCCAGCUACAACUUUGACAGGCAUUACGAAGAAAUCAACGAUCGACGAUUCCAGCAGAAUGAUUACAACGAACCGGAAGAUCAAAAACCUCCUGCAAUCGUUGUAUUCAACUCCCAGCAACGCCAUCCGCAGCCAAACUAUCAAAAACCACCACCACCGCCACCAUCUCCGCAAUUUUAUCAAAAUUUCCAGUUUCACAGCUUAAACCCCGUUGGCAACAAUCAAAAUCACAACCACAACAAUAACAAUAACAACAACAACAAUAUCAACAACCAUAAAAACUUUGGUUACAAAGAGUUGCCUCCCGCCGUGCAAGAACCUCCUAAGAGACUGACGCCGUACUUUGUACCUAACGAUCACAUUUUUCCGAGACCACAGGGCAAUAACAAACAAGCCGUGUACGCAGAACAACGACCUAAACCUUAUCUGGUGAACCCCACGGAACCGAUACCGUUACAACAACAACUACCAAAACAGCAACUACAACAACAAUACAAAACAUCUACGGAAGGAGGAUCUUCGGGAUACUUCCAAAAGUAUCCUGGUCACGUGGAGAGCCAAAAGUUGUAUCCUCAGAUCUCGAAUUUUGCCCGACCGUUCGAACAAACGAGGGACCAAAACGUGUUCAUAAAACCUAACCAGUACGUGCACAACUUGAAUGUGGGCACGGAGGUACGUUUCGGGCAGGAUGUCGAGGCUGCGGCACCGGUGUCGGUGGAUCUGUCUACCGGGUUCACGCACCCCGCGACCAGGCCGUUCAGCAAGUACCAGACGCCGACUCCCAAGAACGAAGAGCUGUACCGGAUAUUCCCGGUAAAAGAGGUGAACGCGCUGCCGUCGUUCCUGCCAACGCCGGUCACGCUGGGCUACCAGACGACGCACGAGCGCCCGAAGGCACCGUAUUUCAAGGAACCGUCGGGUGGCUCGUCCGAGUACGACGCGCGCGAGGAACAGGACGAAAACGAGUCCAACGAGCAGUACGACAUACUCAAGAACCCGACGAAACCGAUGAUGACGACGACCACGACCUCGACUACGGCCGCGCCCAGGUUGACACGCAAGAGGAAACCAACCACGACCACGUCGACGACGACGACGACGACGACCGCUGUACCGGACGAGUACGACGAGUACGCGGUACCAAACCGUCAACAGCUGCAGUUGCAAGAACAGCAACAGGACUAUCAACCGCAACACCAAUACCAGUACCAACACCGGCAGCAGCAAGAAUACGACGUAACCACUACGACCGAAGCGCCGAUGAACUACGUGGUCGGAGAGGAACGACCGGUGCCACCGGUGUCGGUGAACAAGUACAAGAAGAAGAAGCCCGCGCCUUUGUCCAGGCCCAAAGAGCAACCGCAACCGCUGGCCGAGAACGUGGAAUACAUACCGGAACGAGCGACGACCACAUCGAGCACGACUACGACGACCACGACGACCACGACCGUGGUUCCGACGACGACGACGACGACGACGACGACGGUGGCGCCUGCGGUGGACGCGCGGCUCAAGACCAAGACCAAGUACGGAAACGGCACGCGACCGCGGUUCAGCAUCAAAGACUACAGAACGACUACCACGUCGACGACCACCACGGAGAAAGCGACCGGUCGGCGGACGACCAGCACCACGACUCCGGCGACGCCGGUGACGGAACCGACGGAAACCGCGUCGGUGGACCAGCAGACCACGUCGGUUCGGAAGCCGUACAAGCCGCGCACCCGGCCCAACCGGUACAAGCAGUCCUCGGCCACCACUAGCACAAGCACCACGGAGGAACCGCAACAGGAGCAGCAGCAGCAGCAGGAGACCGCGACGGAACCACCGCGGGCGGCGUACCGGAGCAAGUACAAACCCGGCAAGUAUUACAACCGGCUGAGGACGAGCACCGAGCCGGCGGCCACGGAAGCGGCGGCGGACGGCGAACCGGUGGCCGCGACCGAGCCCACCAGGCCGGCCGUGUACUCGGCCAAGAGGCGCACGGUGCCCAUGCUCAGGACGACCGCGGACGACAGCAACGCGCUAAGGAGGAGCUCGUCCGCGACGCCACCGAACGAGAAGACGUCCGACGCAUUGGACGCCUCGUCCUCCGAGGACGUGGAAUUCGUGGCCACCACGAUCGCGGUGACGCCGUCUCCAUCGUCGUCGUUCCGGCACAAGUAUCACACGUCGUACGCGGCGGACCGGCCGCUUUUGCCCAUCGAGUCGUUCUUCCAGUCGUCGAUGUCCAGCAAACGGCAUCACAACGAGCGACGGUGAUCGCGCGCGCCACAGACCCAGUGCACUGCUCAACGUGUCAAUUAUAAUUGUUUUUUUUUUUUUUUUAACAUAAUGCUAUUUAGAGUUAUCAUCAAUAUCAUUAUUACUGUACGGUAAAUGUAAUGCGUAACGCGACGUGCACGACGGGAAGGCCGAGAUCGUCCGAUCGCAGGACACGGAACUUGUACCGUUUCGUCCCGUUAUAACGCUUUGUUUCGAUAUUACACUUCCGCAAGCACGAAUAUACUAGUACGGUAUGCAGUAUGCUCGACUAUCGAUUCAACGACGUGUCCAGGGCAAGCUUUCGGCCUCUGGACACGGAUCAACCCUUCACUAUUCAUCUCUGAAAUAUGCUCGUCUUUAAUGGUUUACUGUUAAUUCAUAAAUUUUUGCUUUUAACUUUAAUUGGUGCUCCAUAUCGGACUAUUUAUUAGAACCCCUAAGACUCAUCCGCUGCUAACCCGAAACCGAAUUUUAGACUAUCCAAAAUACGUUUUUUCAUUAGUAUUUUUUUCCAUUUACACUUUACACAGUUUUUUUUUUUUUUUUGCUAAUACUUACUAUUGUAAUCUUCCUGGAAGGCGAAAAACAAUUAUGUUUUCAGUAGGAUUAGAUUAACACAAUGUCAAUCAAAAAUAUUUAUUUGUUAAUAGAGAAUUAUUCAAAUUCCUCUCACUAAAACUCCUGGAUACACGCCUAAUCCGGACUUUUAUAGUUAUUAUUCAUUUAUUUAUUCGCAUUCAAUAUUUUGUGUUAAUAUUAAUGUUCACAUUAUUUAAAGUUCUAUUCAUUGUGAUUUGAAUUGUAUUCCUCUCUUCCCCGAUUAAAUUUAUCGAACACGUGUAUCUUUAGUUGGAUAUUUCUAAGUUCUCAAGUCUAGGCCCACGUCGUAGGUCGUUGUCGCCGUUAAACUGUUAGUGUUCUACGAAAAUAUUGAAUUCUUAUAUAUUUAUAAAUUAUAUCAGAUUAAUAUUUUGUUGCAACAUUAUAACAUUGUAGUUAAUAGUUAAGUAUUUAGAACUGUACAAAUAAUAUUUAUAGCUUUAACACGUAGUUUAUUUGUAUUUAUUUU